AUGUUCUUUUGUGUUGCUGAUGUGGUAUGUGUCUCUGUUAAUGGACAACUCAAACAUCCACACAUCGUCCAUCACAAGGAAGUCAUUGCAGGUCCUGACUGUCUGUAUCUUGUACUGGAGCUCUGUGAGGGUGGAGAUCUUGCUCAGAAAAUCAAACUCAAAAUACAGGCAGCCGAUACAUUUUCUGAGAAUGAGAUUCUGGACUGGACUGUGAAGAUCUGCAUGGCAUUAAAGUACCUGCAUGAUCAACAGAUCCUCCAUAAAAACCUGAAGCCCAAGGUACAAAUGUUGGGAUGUGUCAUCUAUGAGCUGUGCAUGCUGAAGUGUGCGUUUAAAGCAAGAAACACAGUUGAGAUUGUUACAAAGAUACUCACCUGCUCCUACGAAGCUCUUCCCAACACCUUUUCUGAGGAUCUUCGUCAGCUUGUGAAAGACACACUUCAGAAGGAUCCAGAGCUCCGGCCAUCUGUCAAUGAGAUCUUAAUGAGGCCUUUUAUCAUUGAACACCUUCAUACAAUGAGCAUACAAACUAUUGAUGAGCUUUAUAAGACGCUAGAUGUAAUGAGAAACCUGGCCGAUGGUUUGGAGACGGUCCACUUCAACACAACCGUCAGUAGUCUCACAGGAGGUGUAGUAGGUCUGGCUGGAGGAAUCACAUCUAUAGUUGGACUUAUUCUCACUCCGUUCACUCUUGGAGCCUCUCUGAUAGUGACAGGUGUGGGAAUCGGCACGGCAGUAGCUGGUGGAAUAACAGCUGGUGCCAGCAACAUAACAAACAUGGUUAACCAGCAAACAAACAGACAAAAGAUUAAAAUGAUCUUAACAGAGUUCCAGGAGAAAAUUACCUCCAUUAUAUGCUGCAUCCAAAGCAUCUCAACAGCAGUGGAAACGCUACAAAAUGAGUUUUCAACAAGCAGUGGGUCACUUUCCAAUGCACGAUCCGGGAUGAGAGCAGGAGCUCGACUUGGACGAGGACUGGGAGGAAUCCCGGAGCUUCUUCGUUUAACUCAAGUCGUAAACGUAGGGAAAAUUGCAGCUCAGGCUGCAAGAGCAGUUCGUGUGGCUGAAGCAGCUACAGGGGUUUUAUCUGCACUUUUCAUAGCUGUUGACGUAUUCUUCGUUUUUCUCGACUCCAGAGAAAUCCACAACAUCCGCAGAGAUUACGUUUUAAAAUCGAGUCGACAAGAAUCCACCAGCAACCAAACCACUGGGUUGAAUGACUGGACACCAAAUAACAACGACACAACAAACCUGCUGCCUUCAAACACUCAACAAGCAGAAGAGCUGAAAUCUGAGACCAUGAAAUUUGUGACAAAAAUAAAAGAGACUUCAGAGGAGCUUCAGACGAUUCUGGAUACGCUACGAGACGCACUGAACCCAAACUCUGAGACCCCAAACACAGAUAACUGAGAAUUUGUUCUUUAAUCACAGAUAAACGUUUUGAUUGUAGUAGUAGCUAGUGUUGUAGUACAAUAGUACAAUGCAAUAAAUGAUGCAUUCACAUGAUGAACAUAACAUGUACCAUUUAUUUCUAGGUCCACUGAUGCACACACAACAGAAACUGAAGCUCUCGCAUAUGCUGCACCUGAGAAUUUGAGUGGCUUAUUUCUAAUUUGGCUUAUUUCUUAUUUCUAAUAACGUAUUUCUAAUGUUAUUUCUUUUGAUACUGUUGUGCUGGAUUUGCCGCCACCUAGCAUACUGCUGGUGUUAGUGUCAUAUUUAAAAGUAUCAUUUAAUUUUUUUCAUCAUAUUUCUAUAUUCAUAAUUGUAUUUAUCAAACAAUUUCAACACAAUUUAUGCAGUUGUUAUUGUACAGGCAAAGAUGAAUUUUGUUGAUCAGUUGAUGAACAGCCUGUUUAAAUGCAGUUUUCAAUAAAUUGCCUACUUUUUGUU